GUAGCCCGACUUGUUUAUUACUCCACUACUAUUCUCUUCUCUUCGCCGCCGCCGCUGCCUCCGCCGUGUGCGAGUAGCUAGGGUUUCCGGCCCCAGUCGGCGGGGGCAAUGGACGAGCCGACCGCCUACCGCAGCCUGCGGGGGCCGUCGCCCUUUGUCCUGGCCAUGCGAACCCGCCUCGCGCCGCCGCUCACCGAUCCGCCUCCCCUCCCCCUCCCCCUCCCCGCCGCCAUCCCUCCCUCGCUCCUCAUACAGCCCCACUACCAACCGGAGAAGCGCCGCCGGGGCCGUCCUCGCAACUGCGACCGCCUCCCUCCGCCCCCGGGCUUCUUCGCCCCGCUGCCCCCGCCACCGCAAACCCCCGCGCCUCUACUCGCUCGCGGGCAGGGGCAAUUCGGUGGCCUCCAGCCUCACCUGCUCCAAAUUGAUGCGGGAGAGGAAAUCAUACCAAAGAUUACGGCACUUUCAAAGAUAAAUGGGAGGGUGAUCAGUGUUCUUUCGGUGCUUGGAUCUGUCCAGGAAGCAACUCUGCUCCUAUCAUCUGGUGUUACUUCAUAUCACAAGGGUCCUUUAGAAAUAAUUCGUUUGUUCGGAUCCAUUUUGACACCUAAUGACCAAGGAUGUUUACGUGUAACCCUUGCUUCUGCCGACAGUUCUGUGAUUGGUGGUGUUAUUACUGGACCUCUCAAAGCUGCAACACCUGUCCAGGCGGUUGUUGCAAGCUUUUACAAUGAUGCAUACUGUCCAAACAAGGCUCCCAAGAUCAUUGCAAGUUACCCUAAUUCUCAUUUUACCAUGACCAAUGGCAGCACUCUGUCAAGUCAGUGUGCCAAUCCAGGAUAUGCAUCUUGCACUGCAAUGGAUCAAAAUGAAUCAAGUGAGGUUGAUGUCAAGCCCUCACUUGCGAUGCUUAAAUUAGCAUCCUUGUAGGUAAAUUUAACUCAACGGAAGAAAUGGUUUCAUCUGAAGAUGAUAGAGAAAAUGCAUCAGAUAGCUCAGGUUUUAUGAACCAUCAAGUAAUCGUGACUUGUGGCUUAGUUGAAAAGCAGUUCUUUAUACAUGGAACAUUGUACUGUUGGAUUUCAUUGUUUAAAAUCAUGUGGGGGCGGCAUAUAGCUUCAGUGCCAAUGGUGCUCUGAUUAAAUUUCGAGUGAAGCCAAAGGGUGUGUGGUCUUGAGCUGAAUCUUGACCUUACAUGAUGUGGCUGGCAGGUUUGGUGGAAACUCAAAAGAGUAUCUCGCCAGUCACCAUGAGAUUGGGAAAGGUACAGCUGGGUUACAGUAAACUGAACUCAUGCGGAAUUUGCUCGGCUUUGUAUGGUUUGCGUCUUGCAAGUAUCUCAUGUGUAAAUAUGUGCUGCUAACCUCAUGAUUUUAUCGAUGCUUCAAAAGGUGGUAUCAUGCCUUUGAAGUUGUAUGGUGUAAGGGAGUAACAAUUAACAAGAGAUAUUGGUCGUCAUUGUUUUCCAUUGUCUCAUUGUGUAUCAAUCAAUCAGCGGGCAGAGAUGCAGUUGUACAUAGAAAUAUACUGAAUAAUGUGCUGCAGCUGUGUACAUCUGUGUGCCUUUCUCCAUCCGCAUAAGGGCCCGUUUGAUCCAUAGGAUUCAAAUUCCUAUGGAAUUUUUUUUUUCUGUAUGUUUUACUUUCACAAGAAAAGCACCAAGAGGUCUGGCCCCUUUGUAAACCUCCCUUUGUUUUUCACUAUCAAAGGGUUUCUGUUAAUUUUCCUGUGUUUAUGAUUCCAAUAGGAUUUGA